CCCCAGAAAGAGAUGGAGAAAAAGUUAAUGGUUUUUAAAUUUAGAAAUUAAUAUCGUUUAAAAACAAUUGUCUUUCUUAUGCUUUUAUGAAUAAUGUGUUUUUUUUAUUUUCAUUGUUGUCAGCUGAGUUAACCGCAUAAAUAAAAUAACAUAAGCACAUUUGACAUUACGAAUUGAUAAGAGCUUGAUAACAUGUUAUCGGAAAAUUUAUUAUAAAAAUAGUCGUUGAAAUCAUAUAUAUACACUUAACUGCUCGUUACCUUUUAUUUAGUUACGUAUACUUAGUUACAAAUUAAAUUUUAUUUACGCCACAACUAACAACGGUUAUAAAUUAAAAUGAAGUUUUGCGCAAACCUUGCAUUUAUGUUUACGGAAAGCUCAAGUAUUUUAGAAAGAUACGCUCUAGCGAAAGAUGCAGGCUUUAGAGCAGUAGAAACUGGAUUUCCUUUGGGUUACCCAUUAGAACAAGUUAAACAAGCAAAAGAAAUUGCUGGCAUUGAACAAGUAUUAAUUAAUCUCAAGACAGGAGAUGUAACUAAAGGUGAAUUAGGAGUAACUGCUGUACCAGGCAAAGAAAAUGAAUUCAAAGAUAAUUUAAAAUUAACAAUUGACUAUGCAAAAGCUCUUGGAGCCCAAAAAAUUCACAUUAUGGCUGGAAAAUUGGAAAAUGUGUCAUCUGAAAAUUGGACAACCUAUGAAAAUAACUUGAAGUAUGCAGCAAAUGUUUUAAAGAAUGAAAAUAUAUUGGGAGUCAUUGAACCUAUUAAUCAACACUCGGUACCUAAAUAUUUCUUAAGUGAUUUUAAUAAAGCUGUUGAUAUAAUUAAAAGGAUAAACAGUGCAAAUCUAAAAUUGCAAUUGGAUAUUUUCCACUUGCAACAUAUCUGCGGUGAUCUCUCAUACAACAUCAAGAACCUUAUGCCGUAUGUGGGGCAUGUGCAGAUAGCUCAAGUCCCAAAUCGCAACGAACCUGACACACCAGGAGAAAUCAACUACAAGUACAUUCUUAAACACUUGGAAAAUAGUGGUUACAAUGAUUGGAUAGGUCUUGAAUACAAACCGGCUAGUGACAGUAAAGAGGGUCUUAAAUGGGUCAAAGAAUAUGGCUACAGUUUGUAAUGUAAAAGAAAAUGUUGUAAAUAUUAUUAUAUGAAAUAUUCGUGAGAGUUCUAUAAAUAAAACAAAUUGCUAUCA